AUGCGAACGAGGAGCGCCGAGCAAGCUCGCUUGCUACGCGCGCUGAAGGGCUAUCCGCCCAUCGGAAGCUCAGCCGAUGCGGACCAGCUCAGCGAUCUGGAGGAAUCCAUCGAAGUGGGCAAGUACCAGAUGGUACGCUUCGGUGAGCGAUACAUCGUUCAGAUCGGUCGCCGUCGGACGAUGCGCGAGGAGGAGCUUUCGAAUGAGGAGGACGACGGCAGAAGGGCUGGCAUAUCUGCGGUAGACGCCGGGUUGUCGAUCGGCCCAGAGGGCGGAGUUCUGACGGCGAACGAAGACGCGUCGCUGCAAGCAGAAGGAGGGGGCAAUGAAGGUGCUACCGGCCCAUUCGUCGGAGGACACACUGGUCAUGCACAGGCAGAAUUCAACCAGCGACAGAUCGCAGAGGCAGAACGAAGAGCACGAGACGCUGAAGCGGGAGCCAACAGGGCUGCGGCCGCCGCCGAAGCUGCGCGCAGUCAAGCCGAAAGACAGGCUGCUUUCCAAGAGGAGGAAGAUGCGGUGGACCUCGAUGGCGACGUCGAAGAUCUCGACGAGGGCGAUGACGAGGUCGACUUUGACUAG